UGUAGCCGAAAACCCUUUGUUACUGGGCUUACGCUAUUUUGUGGAGCUAUUGUUCUUUUGGUUCAUUCUCCGAUUGGAAAACAAAAAUGGCGAGCUUCUUUCAGAGACUCGCUAAAGCUGCUCCGGUAGCAUUCGCCAAUGCAUUUGGGAGCCAACCCAAGUCCGGUUAUAGGAUUCCAUUUGGAGCACUUGCUGCGGUUUCUGGUGGAAUCUCUUAUCUGUACUAUGUUUCCUCACCGGAUAUGGUCCAUCUAGAUAAAAUCAAUGAAGAAGUGGGGCCAAAUGUUGCAUUGAAUCCAGAUAAAUGGAUUGAAUUUAAAUUGCAAGACACUGCAAGAGUUAGCCACAAUACUCGGUUAUUCAGAUUUUCAUUUGAUCCCACUGCCAAAUUGGGUUUGGAUAUUGCUUCAUGCAUCCUCACAAGGGCUCCAUUGGGACAAGAUGCUGAAGGGAAACCUAAAUAUGUUGUCCGUCCGUAUACUCCAAUAUCAGAUCCGGAUGUGAAGGGAUAUUUUGACUUACUAAUUAAGGUGUACCCAGAAGGAAAAAUGAGUCAGCAUUUUGCAAGCUUAAAACCAGGCGAUGUGGUUGAAGUGAAAGGGCCCAUUGAAAAGCUCAGAUAUUCACCCAAUAUGAAGAAACACAUUGGCAUGAUUGCAGGUGGCACAGGCAUUACUCCAAUGCUUCAAGUUAUUGAGGCUAUAUUGAAAAAUCCCGAUGACAACACUCAGGUAUCUCUGCUUUAUGGUAAUGUCUCCCCAGAUGAUAUAUUACUUAAACAGAAACUUGAUGUACUUGAAGCUAGCCAUCCAAAUCUGAAGAUAUUCUACACAGUGGAUAAUCCAACAAAGAACUGGAGAGGUGGGAAAGGAUAUAUAUCAAAGGAUAUGGCUUUGAAAGGCUUACCUAGUCCUAGCAAAGAUACUCUCAUCCUUGUAUGUGGACCCCCUGGGAUGAUGAAACAUAUAUCUGGUGAGAAGGCUAAAGACUACUCACAAGGAGAGCUCAGUGGUAUACUGAAAGAACUUGGAUAUACAGAGGACAUGGUUUACAAAUUUUGAUUUGAGGAAAGCAAUUGAGCAUCUGAAGCGGUCUUUUACUUGGCUUUGAGAGUUUGUGUAAUAAAAAGUUCUUGCGAAACAUUGAGAGCCUGAAUCAAAAUCCACACAAAUAAAAAUAUAAAGCAUGUUCCCUAGAAAAUGUAACUUUUGGGUGUCUAGACAUACAUGGAUUUGAUUUUGAAGAAAUUACCAGUCUUUGCAAUA